UGACAUUGUCCUAAUUCAUGUUCUUUAAUUUGUUUCCAAACCAAGCCACUCAAAUUGAGCUGCCAGUUGGGCUGGACUUUUAAAACCAAAUGACUCCUGCCCCUGAAGCAAUAAUAACAUUCCACUUCUGGCCGUAAUAUUUCUCAAUGUUUUUACAGUUUUUUUCUGUGUUCUCAAACAAAUGCAAACGAGGUACAUUCAAUUUCAUUCCUUGCAAAGGUCCUUAAAAUGAGAUCAUUUAAUGCAUGGCAUCAUGCAGAUUGAUUUGAUCAUCAUCAAGAUAAAAAGGCCAACAAAAAUUAACAAUUCAAUUUUAUCUGUUACUGACAAUAUUUGCUUAUUUUGAACAAUAGAAGUUAUUUAUAUUGAGUAAAAAAUAAGGCUUUCACCACGUUAAAGUGGCUAGAUAAUGGGAGGGCCAAAGAAGAGCAAGAUGAGUAGCAGAGGUCGUGGCUACCUCCCUCCUGCAGUGGCUGCUGGUCUGGCAAGACAUGAGGCUGUGCAGCAACAAGCUUAUCGCACCAAGUACAAGCAGAUGAAAAACAUUGCUCGCUCUUUGGUGCUUGAAAAUGCUGCUCUCUGUGAUACAGUAGCCUGUGUUCAGCAGAGAAUUGUGCUGGCAAACGAAGAGCGUCGUUUUCUACUUGGAAAGUAUCUUUCUAUGUCACAAGAGUCUAAUAUGAAGGAUAACCCCUUGCUGCAUAUUGAUGCUGAGGCUUUGAGUGCUCUGCAGUCCACGGGUGCCAGCCUUACUGCAGGUUCAACUCAGGCUGUCAGUAAAGUGAAUGGUUCCUCUUGCGAGCGGCCAGUUGUCGCUAACUCUAGGAAGACAAAGGCACAGCAAUAUGGUCGAGUGUGCAGCAGAGGAGGCGCAGGCAGUGGCAAGAGUAAGCGUCUCUGCCCACCCAUCACUCUGGACUCCGCCGGUAGACCCAUCUUCCCCAUCGUCCUCGGUCCUCUCACCAUACACAGCCUUGGAGAGAUAGUGAGCGACCGCACCACCUACCACCGCAACCACGUCAUCUACCCCGUAGGCUUCUGCUCCUCACGUACCUACGCGAGCGUAAGAAGCCCUCUGUUGGCGGCUACGUACACGUGCAAGAUUUCAGAAGGUGGACUCGCCCCACGGUUUGAGGUGGUGUGCGAGGAACCGGACACGGGCGAGGAGCGCGUGUUCUGCGGGAGGACGCCCAGUGAGUGCCACAACGCCGUGGUGGACGUAGUCAACGCGUCGCCUAGUGUGCCGCGCGGCGUGCUCGAGCGCAGCGUCGAACUGCCAUCCAUUAACGACAUUGGCUUGCGCUUCUUUGGCUUGUCACACCCCAGCGUCCAGAACGUCCUACAGGCUUGCCCUGGAGCGCGUAAAUGCCAGAAUUAUCAAUGGAUAAAGUUUGAAGUGUGCAGAAGCGAGCACGAGGUGGAGCAAGUGAUGGAGAGCGAGCUGGACCCGGCGUUGUGUCACGAUACGCUGCUGCGGAAUAUCAUGUUUGCUUCUCAGGCUCGUUAGAUUAUAUGGUGACGUGUUUUCCUGAAUAGAGUGAUAAAUUGUGGUGGUUAUGUUUUCCAGAAUAGAGAGUGAGCAGUUGUGGUGAUUAUGUAUUCCUGAGUGAGCAGUUGUGGUGACUAUGUAUUCCUGAAUAGAGAGUGAUAAAUUGUGGUGGUUAUGUUUUCCAGAAUAGAGAGUGAGCAGUUGUGGUGAUUAUGUAUUCCUGAAUAGAGUGAGCACUUAUGGUGACUGUGUAUUCCUGAGCAGAGAGUGAGCAGUUGUGGUGACUAUAUAAUCCUGAAUACAGAGUGAGCAGUUGUGAUGACCAUAUAUUCAUGAAUAGAGAGUGAGAACUUUUUCAUUCCAGAACUUGAGCUUCUUGCCAUGUCGCUAGUAUGAGUGGCAGUGAAUGUAUAACUUUUUCGUGAGGAAUGUAAAGUUAUUCCAGACUAUGAAUUUUUAUGCGAGUUUAGCCCCAGGUGGAGGUCAACUAUAUCGUUCAUCGACCUAAGCUAGCAAUACGUGUAUCUGUUACGUGCUUUAUGAUAAAAAUUAUAAAAUCA